AUGGCUCAAGCUAUCGUACCUACUAUUCUCACUUCCAUCGAUGAAGAAGAAGAAGCAUUGUCCGAUGUGGAAACCAUUGUUGAUCCUAUCCGCCUCAAGAGGCUAAGAACCAAUGGAAAGAUGGCCCAUACCAAAGCGGGCAAGAAACUCGCGCAAUCUGUAAGAAUUGGUGAAGAUCGUGACACUGUACGAGCGCUCCGCGCUAACUACGUUCGUGAGUUCGACAGUUUAGAGACGUGCCACGAUCGAUAUGUCCAGUGCAACGCUCCCAAUUGCAGCGCAAAUGACUUGGAAGGUGAGAUACAGUGGAUACAAGCUGUCAUCUAUGACCACCAAUCAACCUUGGCCGAUUGUGACGAUUAUGUAGCAUGGACGAAGCCAAAAUCAAGCUCUUCCGUGCAUUCCAGAGCCUCUUCACGACAUUCCAGUGUUUCGUCCCGACAAGCUAGAAUUCACGAAGCUGAGCAAAGGGAGAAGGAAGCCGAACUGAUGCUUCAACAAACCCUGGAAGAGACAACGCGCAGAGAAGAGGAGGAUGCAAAGAUAAGGGAGCUUGACGAAUAUAAACAACGAGUCGAGAGCGAAAGGAAACAGCGAGAGCUACGAAACGAGAUGGACCGACAACGAUUAAGCGGUGCCAUCAUGCGACGACAACUAGCCGAACUUAUUGCAGAUGAGCAGCCUGGGCCAACACGAGCUUCUUCCGUUACAAGCAACAUGUCCAGGGUAAGCGGUUCGUCGUCACGUUCAGCUACUCCAGCUGUAAGUCUACCGAAUAUUGCCACUACCUCCACUGCUACUCAAGCCUCUACAGUGAACACACCGCUAGUAGGAUCCACGUCUAGGAUACCUACACCUACGAGGCUCUUUACCCAAUCGACGGCGACAACACCGCCCACACCAACGGUGGGCUUCUUGGGAAAGAUGCGCAAUCUCGCUAGUAAAGUUUUCACGCCUGGCAGCUCUUUACCACGCUCGAGCUCCAUGCCACACAUCCCUACGUUUCCUGUUCAACCUCCGACCACGCUUCCACCUGGGAAUGUUAACACCGGUUUCUCUCGGGGAAACACCAACCAACCGAGUUCCUUGGGUUCAGCGUUUCCGAAUAGCACGAACGUUGGGCCGGCCAACUUAGGUCCGUCACAUGGUCCGGGUUUGUCCGCACGAAUUCCAACUGUGACUACGCUCCCGAGUGGCUCCGGUUCGUCACACGGGCCGGCAAAUACUACCACUACAUAUAGCUUGCCGUUAUUCACACCGUCUAUGAAUAACGAACAACCAGCGUCGACUCCCUUUCCAGGCUACCCAGGAACACCCGCUCAUCCGCCGACAGUGCAACAUCCGCCUACCGUUUAUACACCAGACGCUUGGAUUCGCACUAUCAAUACUCCGCCCGCCGGCACAAAUCGCCCUGGUAUUAAGCCACCCCGGAUGAAGGCACCUACCUUCGAUGGAGAUCCUCGCAACUGGCCGAUGUUCAUACAGAUGUUCAAGGUUUUCGUCCACGAUGCCGUAAGUUCUGACGCAGAACGCAUCGCUCAUCUGUAUGACGCGCUAACACCGACCAUUCGGAAGGACAUCGGAGGAGCUCUUCUCAACCCGGGGCUUUACCAACACGCGCUUAACGAACUUCAACGGAGAUACGGAAACCCGCAGAUUGUCUCCCAAGCCUGCACUUCAUCGCUUCUCAAACUACGGCCGUUUAGAGACAACGAUUUUAGUGCCCUUCGGGCUUUCUCCGCCGAUCUCCACUCCGUGGUAGCAACGCUUAAAUUGGGAGGAUACGGAAUGGAACUUUACAGCCACACCACGCUUUCGCAGCUGAUUUCCAAACUUCCUCCAGCAUUGAAGAGUCGAUGGGGCGAGAAGAGUUGGGCAAUGCAACCCACUCUUGCAUCGAUUGAAGACUUGGAUCAGUGGCUCGACGGAGUUUCAAUGGCUGAACAAUCUAUCCGAGCGAGUUCGAUCGAAACUCCUCAUAGACAGCACAUUAAACCAUCGGAGGAGAAACGUCGUACUCCACACAAGCCUAACGUAUUCACCACCACGUCCGUAACGCCCCCGAAACCGAACAACGACGAAGCAGCCUCUAGAUGUCCGGGGUGCAACAGCAAGCAUCCACACCGUCUGAAAGACUGCAGAAAAUUCAGAGACAUCCCCGUGGAGAAAAGAGCGCAAAUUGUGAAGGAAGCCAACUUGUGCCUUCGUUGCUUAGGCAGCGACCACCUUAGCCGCGCGUGCACACGUACCGAACGUUGCUCGAAGCCCGACUGCGAUGGCAUCCAUCACCCACUUUUGCAUGGCGCUCCACGGCUCUACCCUCAAAGGAUGGGCCCAGGAUCAACGACUACGAAAUUCUCCGGCUCUGUCGCAACCAAAUCGGCAGGUAGCCGUACUCUACUACCGAUUGUUCCUGUGAUCCUGAAGGCCAACGGCAAUGAAUAUCCACUCUAUGCGCUCCUCGACCCUGGAAGCGAAAUAUCCGUGAUAAGGGGGAAGACUGCGGCUCUCAUCAAUCUACGAGGCAAAGUCGAACGAGUUGCAACAAGAACGGUUAACGGUGAAACUAAAUCUGUCGAUCGUAAGAUCGUCAAUUUCAGUGUCACUUCAAUUGACGGUCGCUUCUCCUUUGACAUCUCGGAUGCGCAUGUGAUGGACACCUUCGAACUCGACAAACGCCCGAUCAAUCUUGCUAGUCUUAGAGAGCAGUGGCCUCACCUCGCUCAUGUUCCGGUCCACUCUACUACAAAGGAAGAUGUCGCAAUUUUAAUAGGUCAUGACCACCCGUCCGCAAUAGAAAUCUUCGAAACGCGCAAAGAUCCCUUUGACCAACGAGCACCUCGUGCCUACCUGUCAGCCUUCGGUUGGUACAUUGGAGGGCCAUGCGGAAAACCCAGUGACGACACUCGCGAUUGUUUCCAUUCCCACCUUGCAGAAAGGGAAUGUGACGUUCUUUUACAGCAAUUCGUCGAGGCUGAUACAUUCGGCACGAAACCGAACGUCACUAAACCUAUUGGUCGAGAAGAAAGGAGAGCGUGGGAUAUUCUGAAUAACACCACAAGACACAACGGUGAACGCUACGAGGUCAACCUACUUUGGAAAAUGGACAAUCCGGACCUCCCAAAUAACCUUUUCCUCGCCCAACGUCGCUUCUUUAAUCUGGAAAGAAAACUUAUUAAAGACAAGGACCUCGGCAAGGUUUAUGGGUCGGUCAUCAGUACAUACGUCAACUUGCAUCACGCACGCAAGCUAUCCCGAGAGGAGAUCAACGCCGGACCCCUCGGUCGAACGUGGUAUUGUCCUCAUCACCCUGUCUUCAACCCGAACAAGCCAGGAAAGUGUAGAGUUGUGUUUGAUUUAUCGGCCAAACACAACGGAAUAUGUUUGAACGAUGCUCUUCUAAAGGGACCUGACCUCAUGACAAACCUGAUCGGCGUGCUUCUCCGUUUCCGUCAACACGCUAUCCCACUCGUUGCCGACAUCGAAAAGAUGUUCCAUCAGGUACGAAUAAGAUCUCCUGAUGGGCCGGCCUUCCGCUUCAUUUGGCGUGAACCGGGUAGCGCAAACCCCCCGGAUGUCUAUCAGAUGGAAGUUCACCUAUUCGGUGCCGUCUCAUCACCAGCCAUAUGUGCCUACGCCCUGCAACAAGCUGUGAAAGACAGCGAAGAUCCAAAGCUCUUGCUACGUCAAAUUUCCCGACACUUUUACGUAGACAAUUGGCUGACGUCUUUCCCUUCCACAAGCGAGGCUAUUUCGACCGCACAUCAACUGACUAGGGUGUUGAGGGCUGGUGGUUUUCCCUUAACUCAAUGGGCCACCUCAAAUGACGUUGUACGGAAGGCAAUUCCCGGCCAACGAAAGGAAGGAGCCUCUAUCAACAUGGAUUUGGAUGAGGAUCCUAUUGAACGAACUCUUGGGCUAGUUUGGGACUUUCGACGUGACGUCUUCGUGCUUGGUGCUAAAGCGGAACCGGGAGGAAGAACUAAAAGGGAUCUGCUGAAAUCCAUCUUCAGCAUCUUCGACCCCCUCGGCUUCCUGGCCCCGAUAGUUUUCCAAGCAAAGGUCCUGAUGCAAGACAUUUGGCGCCGUAAAUUUGACUGGGACGAUGAACUAAGCCAGGAUCUUAUCGAUCGCUGGAUCCGCUGGACCGAAACGUUGCCGUCACUCUCCAAACUCGUUCUCGAACGAUGUAUUUCUCCACCGCGAAACGAUCUUACAGCAACGGAGCUACACAUUUUUGGAGACGCGUCCGAAUUAGGCUUCGGCGCUGUCGCAUACGUCCGUUUCUUAUUCAAUGACCGCCCGGCCAGCGUCAAGUUCAUCAUCUCGAAAGCCAGAGUCGCUCCCCUGAAAUUUCUGACAAUUCCCCGCCUGGAACUCAACGCCGCUGUGUUAGCCGCACGUCUCGGCACGCAAGUGUGCGUUGAACACGACCUCGCCUUCGGCCAGAUCUUUUACUGGACCGACUCGACAACCGUCCUUAGCUGGAUUAAUUCCAGGAAUUGUCGCUUUAAUAACUACGUCGGCAACCGGAUCGGUGAGAUUUUUGAGACCACGACUCCCGAUCAGUGGAAUUACGUACCAAGUGCGAGCAAUCCGGCAGACGACGCCAGUCGCGGUCUAGAUGCGUCUGAAUUCACCAUCGACCAUCGAUGGUUCUCUGGACCGUCCUUCCUUCGAGGAUUAGACAACUGGCCUGAACUUCAAUCCCUACCAGUAAUUGACGAAACCGACCCGGAGAUAAGAGAAACGGCUUGGAUUGGGGUAGUCCAGCGGGAAAUUGAUGGAAUCGACCUCCUUAUAGAUAGGAAAUCGAGACCGCAGAUCAUCUUUAACGCCGUCGCCUACCUCUUUCGUUUUAUCUGGAACGCGCGGCAGAGGGACCCCAAUCAACGAAGAGCGAAUGGACUCUCGGCCGAUGAGGUCCAAAUGGGAAAAUCCUUCAUUCUCCAGCGGACGCAAGCAAACGCCUACCAGCAAGAGAUGAACUGUUUACGGGCCGGCCGCCCAAUCGAAAAGGAUUCAAAACUGAUUAAGUUGGCUCCAUUUCUCGACCAUCGAGGCUUCAUGUGUGUUGGUGGACGAAUCGAGAAAGCGCCCUUACCGAUCGAUAGCCGCCACCCAAUCAUUCUUCCCCGCUCGGAAAGGAUGACCGAGCUCAUCCUUUUCAAAUUACACCGCGAUCGGGGUCAUCUUUCGGCUAGCGAGCUUCAUCAUGAGGCACGUCGUGAGUUUUGGAUUCCCAAAGGACUCAUCACGGCUCAACGAGUUCGCCAUCUUUGCUACCUCUGCAGGAGACGAAGCGCAAAGGGGACCACACCGAUCAUGGCUGCUCUUCCCACUUCCCGCUUGAAGGUUGGGUAUCCCACGUUUACCCACACAGGAGUGGACUAUUUCGGGCCUAUCAACGUUACCAUUUUCCGCCGAACGAUUAAACGUUGGGGUUGCUUGUUUACAUGCCUAACGUCAAGGUGUGUGCACCUCGAAAUGGCGUACUCAAUGGAUACCAGUUCCUUCAUUUCCGCUCUCGAUCGUUUCCAAAAUCGUCGAGGAGUACCCGCGUCCUAUCAUAGUGAUAAUGGGACAAACUUCGUUGGCGCGCAGAGGGAAUUGGCCGAAUGUCUCCAGAACUUAAACCAGGACGCCAUCCUACGUCAUUUAAACCGACAACCGUCCAAAUGGGUGUUUAAUCCGCCAGCUGCUCCCCAUUUCGGAGGUGUCUGGGAGCGAAUGGUAAGGGCCGCCAAGAUCGCGUUACGAGCCGUUCUAGGAAACCAGCGCCUCACCGAUGAAAUCCUACUGACCGCCCUCACUUUAAUUGAGAAUAUUCUCAAUAGCCGCAAGCUUACUCCGAUAAGCGACGACCCAAACGAUUCAGAAUGUUUAACUCCUAACCAUCUACUGCUUGGUCGCGCAACUCCGAAUCUACCGCCCGACGUCUUUACCGAGGAUGAUUUAACCGCUAAGCAGAGAUGGCGCAUCGCACAGGCAGUCGCGGACCAAUUCUGGCAGCGCUGGAUGAAAGAGGUACUACCAAGUCUCACUGAACGAGAGAAAUGGUACCAAGAGCAUCCUAACCUCCAGGUCGGAGAUAUUGUUGUCAUCAUUGAUCCAGCAACGCCUCGAGGAACUUGGCCUACCGGAAAGAUUAUUCAAACCUUUCCCGGCGACGACGGAGUCGUUCGCUCUGUGAACAUACAAACGAACGGAACCGAGCGUCAUCGACCAGCGCAUUCGCUAUUUCUCCUCGAAUCCGUACUAGUGCGGGAAGGUGCGCUUGGCACGGCAAAGCGCAGGGCCGGCGAUGUUGCCGAGUUAGAGCUCGCCAAAACCGUCUCUUUUAAAAGCGAUCUGGCAACGCCGCAGCCGGAGGAAGAGAUUCGGUAA